AUGAGCCACGGACUUAGAAAUGGCUGGGAGUACAACUAUGAGAACCGGAGAUCUUUUGUCACAGAGUUCGACCUGGUGUGUGGAGACGAGUGGAUGGUGGACAUGUACCAGUCCUCUCUGAACCUGGGCUUCCUCAUUGGCAGCUUUGUCUUUGGAUACGCUGCAGACAGGUCACAUGGGUCCACCGUCACUUUACUGAUGCUGCUUACAUAA